AUGGAUAUUUUCGAUGAGUUGAGGAUACCGAUACCACAAGCUUUCGAGUCACCGAGCCUAACUCGAAUGGGAAGGUUCCAGCGCGGUAUUUUGACCGGAGCACUUGGUGUUAUGUCUAUAGCACAAGCUGUUCAGUGGCAAUUUAGCAAGCAAGAUAAUAACUUGGGUUCAGAAUUUCGUUGUACAUUUAAGGAUGGAGUUGCCGAGACAAGCGCACGAGAAGAUCUAACAUCUAGACACUUUGAGGAGUACAGACAAAAAUACACCCCAGUGUCUCAGGAGGGGUUUCUGUUCUUCGCCUUACUGAAUCUUUUAAUCGGUUGGAUUUACACGUCAUUUGUGUCCGAACGAUUUAGUUUGUGGUUACAGCUCAAUACCUCAAAACAGCGUGGCAAAAUAGUGGUCGAGUUGAAGGGUUCCAUGGCAGUGUUCAAGGCAUAUUCAAUUCAACUCUGUGUGAAACUUGUGUCAGCCUUAGUGUUUAUUACAUACAGCUUUCUAAUGUCCUCGGUCAUUAUACCAUCAGAGAGGGAGUAUAGCAAACAACGGACGCCUACACUACCUUUUGUAUUCAGUAGCAGCUCGGUCGUGACUACAAUUCAUUGUUAUGCCGAUCAAGCGUUCAAAUCAUCAAUGUUUAAUACUGCUUUGCUGACCUUUGUAACGUUCGCUGGAGUUCUUAGCUUGGCAGAAAUCGUGUAUGCGUGGCAAGAAACGAAGGCCUUCGAGAACAUUUCCGAUUAUUAUUUUUGCAUGCUUUUAUUGAGGCAUAAUUGCGUGACAGAAAGCACUAAUAUGAUAAUAGAGAAGGAGCUUUUUAUAGACAAACAAAGGAAAACAAUACUUGAGGCUAUAAAACAUGAACUUCGACUUCCGCUGGGUAAUUGCUGUAGCUGUCCAAGCGCGCCUUGUCUCCCUAUCAAUAAUAUUUUCAUCUCUCAGCAAAAACUGAAAUAUAAGGGAGUUAAGAAACAGAGACAUAAGCAGGAACUCUUCAGGACCUACAGCAGCACUAAAAAGCUUCCGGUUGCCUGUUUAGGGGACUUAUUCAAGCCAAGUAGAGACUCGCCGAAUCCAAAGAGAAUUUUAGUGACUGGGGACCCCGGUAUUGGAAAAACGACACUCGCACGCACUCUUGUUCAAGAAUUCAAUUCGAAAUUAUCUUCAGAUGAAAGCGAAAUGGGCCAUCUAAACUUUGUCUUCUCUUUCGAUUUCAAAGAGCUGGGUGUAAUACAUAAUAAAACAUCUUUGCAAGAAUUUCUUUCUUUCUCCUCCGUUUCGCCGAAACUGAAAGACAUAGUCUAUCGACAGAUCGCCGCAAAUCCAGGGCAAGUACUUCUUAUUUUCGAUGGUUUAAACGAGUGGACAGUAAAGACAACGAAGUCAAUUUACCCUCCUGAUGGAGAAAUUGAAGAGAACAUGUCCGUGGAUUCUGUUGUGUUUGGACUUCUUUCUGGAGAACUUUUACCAGGUUGUACCAUGGUGGUGACGUCACGAUCUGCUCCCUUACUUUCAGAAAUUGAUGAGAUCUUUACGUUUGAUAGAUACGCAGAGAUGGGUUCUUUUCAGUUUGACAUGGUCAAGACUUACGUUCAACAAUUUUUCCAGAACAGAAAAGAUCUCAGUUUAAUGCAGUUGACAAACCGCAUUUCUAUGGAUGAAAAUCUCGAGGUUUUCUACCGUGUUCCUCAAAACUGUGUUCUUCUUUGUUUGUACCUCGACUUUAUGGCGUCAAAGAGACUGACUCAGGUUUCUCAAGCCACUGAAAUUCCUUCCACAACUUCGCGACUCCUUCAGAAAGUUAUCGAAACCGCGACAAGAGAACAAUCACUUGAAAUUAACUGUAGAACACCCUCAACAAAUAAUUUUCAUUUUUCAAAGAAUUUUCAAGACGCCCUAGAAAAACUCUCCUUUUUGGCGUAUCAGGGAAUAAUAGAUCAACGCUAUGUUUUUCGCGAGGAGGAUCUCUCACGAGUUCAACUGAGCGCUUUUGAAGUUGGGAUUCUCAAAGAUGCUGGCUUUCUCCUCCGUUUAAGAGGCAUUUUUCCAGAGCAACCUGAAAACUACUUUUUCAGUUGUCUCAGCAUUCAAGAGUACCUUGCGGCCUGCAGAAUGAUCAAAUCGAUGUCUAUUGCAGACUUCCGAGAUUUCCUGGAAAUGGCCAAUGAGACCCAUUGGAGCACUCUUCUGCUUGUCGCUGGCUUGUGCAAUGAUGGAAAGCAGAGCAAGGGUGUAUUUGUGUGCCUGAUGCAGUACUUGAUAGAGGCUAUCAAGCUGAACAGAUUAAAUGAUGAACCAGUCAUUGAUAAUCAAGCGAUUGUUUUUCUCUGCAAAUGCCUUUUUGAGAAUGGUACUCAACUGGGGCAUCCAUUUGCAAGGGAAGUUACGUCUUUGAUGCCAAAGGCCAAACCCAUUGCCUUUACUGAGAUAGGUGCAAACCCCCAGAAGACCCAAGCAAUUAUUGAUUGCUUGAAGGGACCUAUGGGUGACAACGUAAAAAGAGUUAUCUUCGAGAGCAAUGCAAUGGGGGACAGUGGGCUACGUCAGGUAGCGUCAUUCAUUUCUAACCGGUCUUGCAAGUUGAACCAAGUGAAUUUGACAAAUUCAUGUGUCACCGAUGACGGAAUGUUGUCCUUCUUGGAAAUAACCGUAGGACAUUCAUUUAUCGGAAUAAAGGUUCUGGGGUUGCGAGGAAAUGAGAUUUCCAGCGAAGGAGCAAAGUAUCUAGCGUGCGUGCUCUUCAAUGAUUGGUGCCAAAUUGAGGAACUUCAUCUUGGCAACAACAACAUAGGUGAUGCGGGUGUCGAGCAUCUCAGCGAAGCUCUGUGUAGCGGAAACAGCAAAAUUCAAACUUUAGACUUAAGUUCCAACGGAAUAACUCACAAUGGAGUUUUUCAUCUGAGCCAAGCUCUUAGUAGUCCUAUUUGCAGUGUUAGGAGACUCUUCCUUCAAAAGAACAGAAUGCUGGACUUCGGCCUUCAAGACCUUUGCCAGUCCCUUUGUAGUGGGGAUUGUAACCUCAGGAUACUUUAUGCCAGUUCCAACGAGAUCACUGACGAUGGUAUCAGGUUCGUGGAAAGGGCGCUGGCUCACAAGUCAUGCGCGCUGCAGGAACUGUACCUCGGGUACAAUCAAGUUACUGACAAAGGAGUUAAAAGUUUGCUUCAAGCCCUGCCCAAUCAUCAGCUCACCCUCAAAGUUCUGUCCCUGACCAACAACCCGAUAACGGAUGUGGGAGUCAAAAUGUUGGCUAGCGCCUUACGGAAUUCAAGUUGCAAUCUUCACAGACUCUGCAUAAGCUUGGGAAGAGCACAACUGAGCACAACGAAGGCAUCCAAACUGCAAGUGCGAUACGUUAAUGCAUUCUAA